CUCUUGUUGUGGAGUUUAAAUGGCAGGUGUCGGGUGGCUGACAUAAGGGCGACAUACUCCAAGUCAACUAUCGUUCCUAGCAUUCGUCAUCACUAUAGACCACAUUAAAGAGUGAAGGAGACAUCAGAAGUAUGUAAUGAUGGCUCCAUUUAAAAAAGAAAAAGAUGUCACUUCGAAGGUGGAGUUGGUGAGGCGCCUGCACAGUAAGCUCACACAAGAAGUGGCUCAGAUGAGAAAUUACCUUGGUGAACUAGAGAAAAAAAAUAAUUUUCUACAAGCAGAAGCACUUCGUCAUCAAGUUGAACUGUCGUCUGAUUAUCCACAUGUUCGAAUUCUUGGGCCCAAGGAAGAAAAACAACUAAAACUUGAUCAAGAACAUGUGGAAUUUUUGCAGAAAAGAUUAGAAAUACAAAAAUUAAUCUCGCUUAAUACAAUACUAAAGUCGAAUGUGGCUGUGAAACAAAUAGAGGGCAUGGAUGAGGGCUUGGAGGAGGAGUCGAGGCACAAUAAGGACACGCGUAGUAGCGUCAUCAUCAGUGACGCUAAUGAGAAAGGUGUUUUAAAGCUGUGGUCAAUAGAAGGGACAGUUGGAAAACACAUGUAUUCUACAAACUUCUUGGCAAAUUACAGUGUAAAAAGUCCUGGUGGUAAGAUAAUCAACGUUGAAGACUUACAUCUAAGCUCGGGGAGUGAUAUUAUAAAGAAACUCCUUCAGCCACCAAGAGAUCUUCAACCAAGUACUCUUCAACAAUUCACAGCUGACCUAUAUUUCUUUCAAAUUCUCUGUGAUGAAAGAGAAGAGACAGUGAGCCAGUUAGAAAAUGACAUUGAUGGUUUGGUAAUUGAACGUGAAUUAGAACCAAUGGUGUUGACAUUCUUUCCUACUGAGGAGCAUGAAAUAAAGAUUUUAUGGAAGAUUGUCUGGGACUCAAGAAAUAACAGAUUGAAGUAUAACAUUUUUGUUAGCUGUGAAGAUGAUGUGGCCAUAAGAUAUAGCAGCUCAAAGGAAGUCUACCCAUUUUUGAGUGGAAAGAAACUUCUUCAAACACGGGAAGAAGUAGCAGACUUUGUCAACGCAUUUUUGGAUUUGUAACAUUAUUUGUCAAGAAUGAACCCAACUGUACAACCAAGACCAUUCUGCCAUUUGAAAGGAACAAAAAACAUGCAUGCACUGUAUGAGAUAAGUGAACCACAGUAACUUAUUUUCUUGAUAGUUUCAUUUUCACAAGUUGGCAAGUGUGUUUUCCUGUGGAGAAGACAAUAUGGGUUUGUGCUCAGGCCAGGGUAGUUACACAGGAAAGUUACUUUCCAGUUAUAUUGAAGGUUUAUUUAAACUUUAGUUAUUCAAAAUGUUCAUAGUUUUAUAUUUGUUGGCCCAUAAGUAACAAAUCUUUGCUGUCUAUAAAAAUAAUCUUCAUAUUACUGAUCUGAAAAGUAAUCGGGUCCAGCCUAACCACUUGGGCUGGACAGUAGAGCGACGAUCUCACUUCAUGCAGGUCGGCUUUCAAUCUUUGACUGUCCAUGUGGUUGGGCACCAUUCCUUCUUCCUCCUCCUCCUCCUCCUUCCCCUUCUU